CUCUUUCUCCCGGAAGUGGAAGGGUUGAGGACAGGGAGGCUGAGGAAGGAUGGGGAGGAGGGGGUAGCUUCACCUAGUUAAAGGACCAUGAAACAGGCCACCUUGCAUCAAGGAAUGAUCAUCUCUACCCACUUGACCAUUGAACCAAGCUUGGUUUUUAUUGAUUCAUCUUCUGGGAACAAUGGUGAAGUAUUUUCUCUGUCUGAAUGACUUGAAGAGUUCAUGGGACCAAGUGUUUGCUGCUUUCUGGCAGCGCUAUCCCAACCCUUACAGCAAACAUGUACUUACAGAGGAUGUCAUCCAUCGCGAGAUAACGCCCAACAGGGUGAUUUCCCGAAGACUGCUCACCAAGACGAGCGUAGUCCCUCGGUGGGCAGAGAGAUUAUUUCCUACUAAUGUUGCCCACUCAGCCUUUGUUCUAGAAGAUUCAGUAGUGGAUUUAAAACAUAAAACUUUGACUACAUUUACCCGGAAUAUCAAUCAUUCAAGGCUUAUGGUUGUUCAGGAGUGCUGUGUAUAUGGAUUCCACCCUGAGAAUAUGAACUGGACUCAAAUUAAACGUGAGGCCUGGAUUUCCUCAAACGUGUAUGGCUUUUCACUUGCUAUUCAGGAAUGUGGCCUUGCCAGCUUUAAGAAUAGCAUAACUAAAACCAUGAAAGGUUUUGAAUAUGUUCUGGCUAGAAUGCACGGUGAAAUACCAAUGAAGACAUUGAGGGAGACUGCUAAAGAAGCAACUGAGAAAGCUAAGGAAACAGCCUUGGCAGCCUCAGAGAAGGCAAAGGAUCUAGCCAGCAAAGCAGGACCACAGAAAAAGAAACAAUAUGUAUAAGACUCUCACCCUUCAUUGUAUAUGAAAAGGCAAAACUCAAUUAGUAUAGUCCAGUAUGCAGAGCAGUCACCUGCCCAACAAUUAAAUGCAACUUCAUUUGGAAUUUUUGCAGAAAUUUAAACAAUCAGUCCAACUGGCUUAGUGGAAUGGAUCCCAGGAGAGCUGUUGACACUACUAAGAUAAAAUACUUAGCACUAAUGAAAUCAUUUUAAAAUGGUCUUCAAUUUGGAAGCACUGAUACAAGAUAUUUUGAAGUAUUUUAAAUUAAAAUGGUUUCUCCAGUCCCUGGGCAAGUUUAUCAAACUUUUUUUUAUUUGUAGUCUUUUAAAAAUUGUUGGGGUUUUUGGGGGGAGAAGGAAGAAUGAGAGAAACACACACAAAAUACUGGAGGAACUUAGCAGGCCAGGCAGCACCUAUAGAAAAUAAACUUUUUUCCACAGAUGCUGCCUGACCUGCUGAGUUCCAGCAUUUUGUGUGUGUUGCUUUGGAUUUCCAGCAACUGCAGAUUUUCUCAUGAGAAUGAGAGAAAUUUUGCUUUGAGGGGAAAAGGGUGGUCGCUGGUUGGUGCAAUGCAGCGAAAGAUAUUGUAAUGCAAGGCAAUUAAACUCACUCCAUGUACUGAAAUUGUGCGUCCAUUUGCUGAAUCUUUACAAAAAAAAACUGGAUUAUAUUCAGUUAACUGUAACUGAAUUUAUAAUAGGUUAGGGACUCAGGAAUGAAACUGAUCAAAUCUGCCUCUACUGAGAAAUUAGCUAAUCUGUUGCCCAUAGUAACAGAAGAUUUCUAUCUGUAUUUCAACAUCUCACCAACAACACUUUCCCUAGGUUAUUGUAAUUACCUUCGGGACAUUUGUUUGUGUUGAUUAUUUGCUGGUGCAAGUAUCCAUAAUACUCAUAUCAAAUAAAACAUCAGAAUAAGCUGGAGGUUCUCUCAGCCUGUGUUGGGACCAGUAACAUUUCCAUUUUAUUCCAACUUUUUAAUAUUCCUCUUUGUCUGCAGAUGAGUGUUUCUUUCUUUGCACUAGAAGAUGGGCAGUUUGAUCUUAAAAUCUCAGUCUGUGUGUUAGCACUGUAUUAAGUAUAUCCUUUGAAGUAAGAGACAGAUCUUCAAAAUUCAAGUAAAGCUACAGCAGGUAUUUGUGCACAAUAACUGAUACUUAUUAUAAAUCCAAAAUAAUUAUUGUCUGAUUUGUUUGUGGUUGUAAUAAUAAUGUUAUUACUGUAUGUUCUGCACUAGUGGGAGGUGGGGAAGUUAAUUGCUAAUUUCUUCAAGCCAGUUUUCAUUUUGGACAAUCUGAAAUAAUUCAAUAAUUGUGUACUGGAGAUCUCAUCCCAAAAUUGUUUGUUGUUUUUAUAUUGUUAGGCAGCAAUGUGAUCAAAUGCUAUGUUUUUUAAAAAAAAUGCAUAAAUACUGUACUGUCAACCACACUUGCCAGAUGUGGUUGGGAAAAUGUGUGGAAAAAAUGUAGAUAUGUUUACAUUCUUAAAUAGGUACUGUUGAUAGAAAAAUCUGCAAUAAAGAUAAUCCGUUCAGAACGAU